UCUGCUCGAUCGCCGCAGCACUUGUUCCGACGAUCAUGGGGCGCCGCGGAUCCGCGAGCGGGUGGCUCGUCCUCCUGCUCGCUCUUCUCGCUGUCUCUCUGGUCCCGUCGUGCUCGGCCGCUAAGGUAAAGACCAGCCCGACGGACUGGAGCCUCCACCUCCCCCUGCCCAACGGCGUCACCGGCGCCGAGAGCCUGGCCUUCGACGCGCGCGGCCAGGGUCCCUACACCGGCGUCUCUGACGGACGCGUCCUCAAGUGGGGCGGCAGCGCCGUCGGCUGGACGACCUUCGCCUACCACGCCAACUACAGGAAGUUCCCCAUGUGCACCGUGCCCGUGGCGCCGUCGGAGGAGACGGAGAGCCUGUGCGGGCGGCCGCUGGGGCUCGCGUUUCACCGCAAGUCCGGCGACCUCUACAUCGCCGACGCGUACAAGGGGCUCAUGAGGGUCGGCCCCGACGGCGGCGAGGCGGAGGUGCUGGCCACCAGUGCCGGUGGCGUCCGGUUCAACUUCGUCAACGGCAUUGACAUUGAUCAGGUUACUGGCGAUGUUUACUUCACCGACAGCAGCGUGACAUAUCCACGAAGGUUUAAUACGGAAAUCAUGAUGAACGCGGACGCGACGGGGAGGCUGCUCAAGUACGACGCGCGGACGAAGCAGGUCACCGUGCUCAAGGACGGCUUGCCGUACGCCAACGGCGUCGCGGUGAGCCACGACAGGACGUACGUCGUCGUCGCGCACACGGUGCCGUGCCAGGCACACAGGUACUAUCUCCAGGGACCAAAGGCUGGCCACUACGAGCUGCUCGCCGACCUGCCGGGCUACCCGGACAACGUGCGGCGAGACGGGAAGGGCGGCUACUGGGUGGCGCUGAACCAGGAGAAGGGGCGCCCGGGCGCGACCACAGCCCCCGUGAAGCACUUGGUCGGUGUCCUCGACGGCGGCGGCGUGGAGGUAGAGGAGCUGACGGCGGCCAAGGGCGUGACGCUCAGCGAGGUGACCGAGAGGAAAGGGCAGCUGUGGCUCGGCUCCGUCGAGCUCGAUUAUAUCGGCCUAGUUGCCUAGUUGCCUAGUUUGUUUACGUUACUAGUACAUACUGGCCUUUUUCUUAUAUAGAUACAUUACUAGUUUUUUAUUGGAAGAUUAUCAUAAUGUGGUCAGUCGUAGGUUAAUUUGUUGGUGGACAUAAUUGAGCUCGUUUUUAACAUAAAUUCAGAACCAAUAUUUCAUUUUUUGA